AUAAGCGAUACAAACCGAAUUGAUGCCAAAUCACAAAAGAGACUUACAAACAUUACAAAAUAGUCCGACAAACAUAACAAAACAUACGGGAGACACCGGGAAAUCCCAGCCUGAGGAGAGAUGCGCAGACAAUACAGUUUUUUUAAUUAAUUAAUAAUUGAAAAUUAAUAAAGUUAUGCAAUUACUACAUUUCCCUUCAUCAAAUUAGAUUAAUCUGAGUCAUUGGAUUUUAAUGAGGUGCAAGGGCUGAGAUUCACUUAGUCAUGUGACUAAGCGGCCCCCCUUAGUCACCUGAUCUUAGCCCGGGGAAAGAGGGGUACAGUUGUGCAUUAUAUGAAUGUCGAGUUACUACAAUGCGACUAAUAUUCAAAAAAUUUGGUUCUGAAUAUGUAUUUUAAGAUGAGAUUUCAAAUACUCAACUAUUAUGAAUGUAAUAUUUAUAGGUAUUGCAAGUUUGGUUAUUGGGAUUACGAAAUAGUUUCACUUUUGUAAUUAAAAAUAUUUAAUUUUCAUUUUGAUCACUGAAAUUAGUUCAACAAUCCAAGUUUGGUCUUCGUUAAUGACGCCAGCUUUUUUUAUGACGUGGCUAACAGAUGUGUGUAAUCAGCCAAUGUUAACCCGACUCGCCAUAUCAUUAAAACCCAACACAUAAGAUACCUCAACCCAACUUCUAUUACCACCGACUAGCUAAUUAGGCACUUCUGAUACCUAUUUGAGCAAUCCGAACUUGAACCGUUGAACUAAUUUCAGUAACUACAAAUGAAAUAAAAUAUUUUUAGUGACGAACGCUAAACAAUUUAGUAAUUGUAGUGGCCAAACUUGCAAUUUAUCAAAUUUUAAUAUCUAAGUACCAUUGCAAAUUAACAAAUUAAAAUAUACCUCUCUGUUAUUUUUCUCCACAAGUGUAUCCCUAUAUUAUUAAAUAUAACAUCGUAUCAUUCCAUCUAAUAUCUCAUGUGGACCUUUAAAGGGGACCUAAAAUGACCAAAUUGUUCCUCACUUAUUUAAUAAAACAAAUUUCUUCAUUUUAGAAAUGGGUUAAUUGCAUGGUUGGUUAGUGAGAUUACAAAAAACGUUCAAGUUUGGUCACUAGAAAUAUUUAAAUCCAUUCCUGGUCACUCAAAUUAGUUAAAUGGUUCAGGUUUGGUCACUGUCCGUUACCUUCCGUCAGUUUCUGUUAACACCGUCAAUUAUUUGCUGAUGUGGCUAACCGGUUCAUCUAGUCACCUAUUUUUGACAAAAUAAAAUAAAAUCCAAUCCUGCCAGGUCAUAGAAAACCUGCCACAUCAUAAAAAUCUAACCAAUGUGACCCGGCUCAUUAAUCCAUGAUCCGAUCCAACCCAAGAUUAACCAGUCUUCAAAAUCCCUCGGCAGUCGAUGGAGAAGAGGACCGGAAGAAGCUAUUGUCGCCGCCCUCGUCCAAUUUGUCAGUUUCCAUCUCCUAUUCUUCUUCCUUCAACAGAAAGAUCACCAGCGGGAGCAGCAACAUCUCCGCCACGGGCUGCCGCUGAUCUACCUUGAUUCAUCCUCUGUUUUCAGACUCUCCUACGUCAAUGCAGCUAACGAAUCUGGCCAGCUACCAAUUCUUCCCUCAUCAUCGAUCCCACUCCCCUCUAUAAUCUGACUGAGUAACGACAGAGCGCUAUCUUCAAACGAAGCAUCCAAACCUCACUAAACAAGAAAUAUUAUGCUUCCCAGCAUCAAUUACAUGGAAAAAACAAGUUUCAUCCAUUUCUCCAUAAACCAAACAAAGCAUCCAAACCAAAAAUGGAUUAAACCCCAUGAAAUUGAAAAAAUGGAAACUGAGCCAAAUUAAUUGGAAGCGGUACGGUGCCUCCAACCCUUACUUUGUCAAUGGUGUCGCCGCCUCAAUCCUCUCCAUCUUCCCCGUCCUUGGGCCGCCUAGCAACAGUGGAUUCGUCGUUGGAAACUGGACCAAGCCCACCCUUGUCCAACACCGUCCAGAUAUGCUGGGGAUGGCGGAGGUGAGGGCAAGCUCGGAGAGGCAUUCAGACUUGCAGGAGGCUGAUGUUGGACUGGACAGAGUCGGGGAAUGGUUGGUGACCUCGUGGUAAACGGCAAUGAGGGCGAGCUUAGAGAGGGAUUUGGGUUUGGAGGAGGAGCUGGAGGCGACGAUGUUGGACUUGGAGGAGGAGCUAGCGGUGGUGAGGGCGAGCUCAGAUAGGGAUUUGUGCGUGAGAUUCUUCUUGAAUGGAAAAUAUGGACAUAGUGAGUCCGCACGGCGGCAAUUUAUGAUUGAGCUUUUAGGGUUUGUAUUUUGGUUGGGUCAAAUAAAGGAAGAGUUGGGUCACGGGUUGGGGUGGGGUGGGUAUCUAAUGUAGUGGAUUUUGCUGAUUAUACCAGUCAGGUUUUAUUUUUUUUAAUUUAAAUUGGAUGAAUCAGCAUUUCUGUUAGCCACAUCAGUAAAUAACUGAUGGUGUUAACGGAAACUAACGAAAGUGAUAACGAUGUAAUUGCACAUAUUUGCGCCCCUAGUUCUUAUCCGUUUGAGGGGCAUAGUCGUGUGUUUUUGCCUAUUUUACGCCGGGUUGUGCUAUUUUAUCAUAUUUCAAGUCCCAGGUGUCAAAGGAAAGGCUAACCACGAGUUUUGGGGCAUUUGGAAGUCAUUUCGUCGAGCUGGAGCCAAAAUACGGGCAGACCUAAAACAGAACACGGCAGUGUUUUGUGGCUGUGCUUUUACUGCCGAGAGCAAAUUCGAGUUUGGCAAACAUUGGCUAAAAACACGGGCAGGGCUUAGACAAAGCACGGUCGUGGCCACCAAAGCACGGUCGUGUCCAUCAUCAAACACGCCCGUGUUUCGCCCAAUGCACUGGCCGUGUAAUUAACCCUAGCCAAAGCACGGGCGGGCUGAGGCAUUACACGGCCGUGCCCUCGACCGUGCUUUGGCCACUGAUGCCCUUUUAAGCAGAUUUUCAGCCAAAGAGAAGGGGAAUGGGAUUUCUUGAGCAAAAACAGAGCCCUAGAGAGAGAAAGGACGAAGAACACAUCCUAGAAGCUAUCUUGGAGCUGGGUUUCAUCAAAUCAAGCUUUGAGAUCGUCAUAGGAGUGGAAAUCAUCAUCCCAGAGCAGAUUUUUCCCAUAAUUAUGAGUAUGAAUGCUUUGUAUCUUGUUUUCCUCUCUCUCUCUAUGGAGUAGAACCUCUCUCUCACUUGGGGAUGAAGAACCCUAGUUCUAUGUGUUAGGGAUUGAUUGUAAUGACUUGGGAUGAUAUUACUGUUUGAUUUUAAUCGAAUGAUGCAUGUUUAUUGAGUCAAUUGAAGUCUGAUCAACUUUUCCUGAUUCCUGCUGCAAUCUGAGAUAGAUAGAAUCUGAUUAGGUUGCUAGAGUCUCAUCAUUAGGUAGUAGGAGAUUGGCUAUACGAGAGUUAGCCAGUUUACUGCUUUGUACUGGAAUCCAAUUCGAGAUGUGGAGUUCAUUUCUUACUGCUUUAGCUUUCUAUCCCGGUGAAGACUAGUCGUCUGCCGGGUAGUUAGACUGAGAGGGCUUGGUCAGCUUAAGAGAUUCCAAGCUACUUGACUCACUUCUACUGUCACCCUAGGAAUUGGCCAAGUGAAACCACUUCCUAAAGCGUAGUAUAGCGGGUUAGGUUUAUAUGUCAACCCGGGUCCUAGAUCUGAUGACUACUAAGUGAAUUCUUGUUAUCUAGCAAUGAAACUGGAAUGCAAGU